UUUAAUAAUUCAGUUGGCCGUCUCUUUUCUCUGUCUUUCUCGCGUAGAGCUGCGGAUUUGAGUAUAAAUGCAAGCAAACUCCUCCCUCUCCUCUCUCUCCAUCUCUAUCUAUCUCUCUUUCUGAAAUUGGAGCUCUGCUGUUCCAAAGAACGAGGUUGGACUGGUAGCAGAGCUUCAAAUCCGAGAAAACUUGAUUUUUCUUUUUUUAACGCCCGAGUUGCUUUAAAUGAACAGCUAUAGCUUUUGAUGGAGUACAGAGAAAUGAAAGGAAUCAAAAGAUGCCAUAACUUUUCUUUUCUAUGCUUUCCCUUUAAGUUCUGCAGCUGUGUGCUCCAAGCCUUGGUCCUCUGACCGAAUAAAGCAGCAGGUUAUUACCUGACAAUGGCUUAGCUCUGUCCCUGAGAUCUCUGAAACCAAUGCAUGGCUCCUUUUCGAGCUCUGUUUGCAUCAAGCUGGGGUUUUGCUCCUCUGCAAUGAAAAAAGAUGAAUUUUGGUAAGAAGCAAAAGUUGGGAGUAGAUAACAGGAGUGUAGAAUCUUUGAACUGUCACACUUCAUGCUUAGCUAAUGCAGAUUGGCAUCAGAUUAGUUCAUCUCUAUGCAACUGGAACCAGCCAUCUGAUGCAAAAAGUUUAAGCUUUUUAGAGGCGACAAAUGCUUCUUCUUGCGCCAUUGAAAAACCUGAGCCUUUGAACUGGAACCUGUCAGAUUCAGCAGAAAAGAGUGAAAUUUUCUUGACCGCGGGAUCGGCAAUGCUUCCACUUAGUCUCUCUCACUUCUCUUCUGAUGUGGGAUUCAUUGAGAGAGCUGAAGAUGCUCAAAAUCUGAUGAAUGAUGCAGGAAAGAUUGAAGAUUUGAAAGAUAAAUCUAAGCUGAAUGAUCACAGCUCCAAUAGUGGGCGUUUAAUGAAGGAUCAAUCAGAACUAGAGUCACCUGAAUCUAAGAAAAGGAAGAGGAACAAUCAGGAAAUGGGGUUAAAUAAAACACAAGAUACUGCUCAAUUUCCAUCUGAUGCUGCUAACGAUGUUGCUGAAAGUAAACAGAAACCUGAGAAGAACAGCUCAACAAUGGCGACUGUGAAGCCUUCAGGGAAGAAUUCAAAAGUGACAGGAGAAGCUCACAAGGAAGAAUAUAUCCAUGUGAGAGCUCGUAGAGGGCAAGCUACUAAUAGCCACAGCCUUGCUGAAAGAGUACGAAGAGAGAAGAUUAGUGAAAGGAUGAAGUUUCUUCAAGAUCUUGUUCCAGGUUGCAGCAAAAUCACAGGAAAGGCUGUUAUGCUUGAUGAGAUAAUCAACUAUGUACAAUCACUCCAACGACAAGUCGAGUUUUUGUCGAUGAAGCUUGCAGUUGUGAAUCCAAGGUUGGACUUCAGCACAGAAGUCUCUAAAGAUUUGUUUCAAACCAGGGGUGCUUCUUUAUCUGGCCUUGGAUUUUCACAUGAUUCGAUUAGUCAACAGUUAAAUUCAAUUCAUCAAGAUUUGAUUGAAGUUGGGAUGACUGAAGUUAUGAAUCCAACUGAUUUAUUUAGAAGAGAAAUAAAGGUUCAAUUGCCUCCAAUCAGUGCUUACAAAGAAGCUGCGCAGCAGAUGCCUAAUGCAUGGGAUGAUGAUCUCCAAAAAAUUGUUCAUAUGACAUAUGGCAACAAUCCUCCUCUCAAAACCCAAGAUUCGAACGGCACGCCUCGCAACGGUUUCUGCUUGUAAACAAAACGAAGGAAUUUCUUGUGCUAUGCUAUCAUCAAUGUCGGUCCCACUCAUGGCCUUGUCUGUCAAAGCCAAAUUUUAUUGAAUAUUUCAAAAGUUAAUGUAGGAGAAUAAGUCUCCCUUGGCAUAAAAUAUUAAAUUCAGAGCUAAUUCUGUCAGUUUGCUUCUAGUUUAGUAGAUUAGUGGCAGCUUGGCUAUAUGAAACAGCUCAAUUGUUCACUGUA